AGAAUUGAAAUUUUGCUUCUCUAUCUGCCAAUUCAUGCGUAACAGCAUCACAUUCGUUUGGGCUUUUUCAAUACAACGGCUUCAUCCUUAGAAGCUCGCGGCUCUUCUCUUCUUACAUUGCAUUAAUUGUCUAGAAAAGUGCACAACAUGGAACCAUCUGAACCUACACUCGCAGAGUCGGCCGUUGACGAAAAAGCGGACACUUUGCCCGCGGCCGAGCCGAACAGCAAUGCUGACACAAACGAGGAAUUCAAUGAGCCCCGAGGUGUGAAGCGAUCGGCAGAAGACGACCUCGUCGACAACACUGGAGAAAAUGACGCAUCCCGCGACACAGAUACUGCACGGCCCAUCGGCGCAUCCAGCGAAAACCCGCCCAUGUCCAAAAGCCAGAUGAAAAAGUUGAAAAGACAGAGGUUAUGGGAAGAAGGUAGAGAGGAUAGACGGCUCAAACGCAUAGACAAACGACACGAAAGACAAGCGCGAAGACGAGCCGAGAAAGAAGAAGAAAUAACCGCUGCUAAAGCUGAAGGUAGAGAGCCCGUCAUACCAGGUGAUCGCAGAAGACACAGGUCCAUGAAAGGCUCUAAAGUCCCUAUCGGCAUCAUCAUCGAUUGCCAAUUCGAAAAAUACAUGACCAACGCGGAAUUGAUAUCACUCUCGAGCCAGGUGACGAGAUGCUAUUCCGACAACAGAGGAGCUCAGCACCCCGUACACUUCUACAUCAGUUCAUAUGGUGGCUACCUGAAAGAAAGAAACGAGACAAUACUGAAGAACCAUCAUUUGAAAUGGAAAGGCAUUCGUUUCUGCGAGGGCGAUUUCGCAGAAGCGGCCAAGGACGCAAAAGAGUGCAUGGCUGGGCCUCAAGGCGGCCAAUUGAUCGACUUGCUACAGCAGAGUUCUACUGGGGAGACGAAAGCUUCAGUGGAAUCAGCCGCCCCAAAGCCCACACCCGUCCCCGAACCAGAGGCGGAAGACGUGAACAAGUCCAUCGUCUACUUGACGGCCGAUUCACCACAUACCCUGGACCAUCUAGAACCAAACACCUGUUACGUCAUCGGUGGCAUAAUCGACAAGAAUAGAGAAAAGGGUCUAUGCUAUCAAAUCGCACGCGAUAAGAAAGUCAGAACAGCGAAACUGCCUAUUAGCGAAUACAUGGUUCUUCAGCACAGACACGUCUUAGCUACUAACCAUGUUCUCGAAAUCAUGUUGAAGUGGCUGGAAACGGGCGAUUGGGGCAAAGCUUUUAUGGAAAUCAUUCCUAAACGACGGGAAGGAAAGUUAAAGACGAAUGAGGACACUCCGACCGAGACCCCGGAAGCUGAGGUCAUAGAAGAGAGCGGGGAUCUUAAUAAUUAUGAAGCUGAGGCUGAACAGGACAACACGGCGCAGCUAGAUGCGCCAGAAUCCUCUACAUCGAAAAACGGGAAUGAUGUGAUGGAGGUCGAAGGAGAUAAUGCUGAGGAAGGUCUAGCGAAGAACGCCCUUGAUGAGCCAAGGUGGUCUGCGCCGCCUCUCGAGCUAGAACCGACAGCGGAGGAAAAGGGGAAGCCAGCUGACAUCGCCUCAAGCUGAAGCAAGAGGCGGCAUGUUCCCUUUUUCUGGCAUUUUUAGCGAAUCAUUAUGAUACCAACGCGGCAUGUCAUAGUAUAGUGUCUGAAAGAAUACUAGACUAGUAGCCAAGUCUACUUGGCGAUUCGAAUUAUCAUCCCAUCAGUAUUCUGACUGCCUGCUAGUUUGCGAUGGGGCUUGUCUUUGAUAGUCUCGAAUCGAACAGUAGGAAAUCAAAUUUAAAAAAUGGCAAUUCUCAAAAAUUAGUUCUGUCUGUUACAUAUGCGAUAGAUCACUCUAAAUAUCGUAGUAAGGGGAUAAUGAUGAC